AUGGAGAAGUUUGGCAUGGAAAAUGCUAGUCAUAAAAGGACAACUGCGCCAACUCACUUGAAAUUGACUAAAGAUGAAAAAAGUGUAAAUGUGGAUCAAAUUCUAUACAUGAGUAUGAUUGGUAGUCUGCUGUAUCUUACAGCUAACAGACCUGACAUUACAUUUGUUGUAGGAGUUUGUGCUAGAUAUCCGUCUGAACCCAAAAUGAGUCAUAUUACUCAAGUGAAAAGGAUUAUGAAGUACAUCAAUGGAACUAAUGACUAUGGAAUGUUGUAUUCUCAUAAUGGAAACUCCUUGCUUACAGGAUACUGUGAUGCAGAUUGGGAAGACAGUGCUGAUGAUAGAAAAAGAAAAUUUGGAGGAUGUUUCUUCUUGGGAAAUGAUCUUAUAUCUUGGUUCAGUAAGAAGCAAAAUAGUGUGUCCUUAUCUACAACUGAGGAUGAAUAUAUUGCAGCAGGAAGUAGUUGCUCUCAAUUAAUUUGGAUGAAAUAA